CGCGGGCGGAGGCGGGGCAAGCGGUCGGUUGCUAAGACUUGUGAGGCGCAGCUCUCGCUUGCGGUUCUUCAGGUGGCUGUAGGCUUCUGCCCCGCCCAGUUGUCACAGCGGAAAUGUCUGAAAAGGAGAACAACUUCCCGCCGUUGCCGAAGUUUAUCCCCCUGAAGCCCUGUUUCUACCAGAACAUCUCCGACGAGAUCCCCAUCGAGCACCAGCUUCUGGUGAAGAGAAUCUAUCGGCUGUGGCUGUUCUACUGUGCCACCCUGGGGGUCAACCUCGUCGCCUGCCUGGCCUGGUGGAUCGGUGGUGGCUCGGGGGCCAACGUUGGCCUGGCCUUGGUCUGGCUGCUGCUCUUCUCCCCCUGUGGCUACGUGUGCUGGUUCCGGCCUGUGUAUAAGGCCUUCCGAGCCGACAGCUCCUUCAACUUCAUGGCGUUCUUCUUCAUCUUUGGAGCCCAGUUUGUCUUGACCGUCCUCCAGGCGAUUGGCUUCGCGGGAUGGGGCGCAUGUGGUUGGCUGGCGGCAAUUGGGUUUUUCCAGACGAGUGUCGGAGCCGCUGUGGUCAUGCUGCUUCCAGCCAUCAUGUUCUCCAUGUCAGCUGCCAUGAUGGCCGUUGCGAUCCUAAAGGUGCACAGGAUCUAUCGGGGGGCUGGCGGAAGCUUCCAGAAGGCGCAGACCGAGUGGAACACAGGAGCUUGGCGGAACCCACCGUCUCGAGAGGCUCAGUACAACAACUUCUCGGGAAAUACCCUGCCCGAGUACCCCACUGUGCCCAGCUACCCGGCAGCCGGCAGCCAGUGGCCAUAGAGGGGCCGGCUGGCCCCGCUGCCCGCCCCCCUCCCCUCCCCUGGCCAGGGCGGCGGAGCCUGUGAGCACUCGGGGA